CCAGACCAGAAGUUUCCUAAGCCACCUCCUCCAGGGCACAACACAUACUUAAAACAGGGAGUGUUUUUAACAUAUACAGACCAAGAUAAGACGUCCUCCGUGGCUGUGUCUGCACCAUGAGAAACAGAUGUCUAAGGCUGCUACCAGGACUCUUGGCACUGCUGCUGUUGACACCAGGAGAAGCACCCCUGAACUCUGGAGGCAUCAAUGAGUGUGUACCGAACUCAACAGUGUCCUGUGGAAUGUAUGUAGAGUGCGAGAACAGAGAGGAGAGCUACUGCAUGUGUAGCCCAGGAUAUGGGCCUGUUUCUGAGGCAGGGUUCAGGAAGGAGAGUGAGAACACAUGUGAAGGAUUCCUGGUGCUGCUGCUGUUGAUAUUGGGACCUGCAGAUGAGAACGCUAGAGAUUUUUUGGAGUUCUUCCACUUCUAA